AGUUCCUUGGUCGAGGUGGACAGGAGGGAGAGGGCCUGCUCGAAGUCGUCGUCGUCGUAAUCCCCGGCGGCGGCGGCGGCGUGAUGGGCGCCGAUCGGAUCGGAGACGGCGAACGCGGCCGUUAGAUCGAAACCCAUGUCGACCCCGGACUCGUCCAUCGUCGCGGGACGCUUCGAAUGUGCCGCCGGCGCGCCGCGCGAAACGCGCCGCGGCGACGCCGCCGUCGCGCCGCGCCGGGUCGAGCGCGAGAAUCGGCGCGCGUGUUCCGCAGUUUCGGCGCCGGGGCGAGACGCGCGUCGGCGUUGGUCGGCGCUGGUCGGCGCGCGGCCGCGGCAGAUAACGUAGCGACGUAGCAGCCGGAGAUACGCGAGGCGGAAGAGAGACGGACAGCGCUUCGACGCUCCACGCGCGAGUUGCGAAAGAGUCGCGACGAAUGAUACGUGACACAGCGAGCGAAUCUCGUGGAGAAACGUAUCUCUCUUACUCUCUUUUUCGGGAGAGGAGAGACGACGGGGAGAUGCGCGGGGAGGAGGCGGAAAGUGUUGUAUGGGAGAUGGAUCACGAGCACCGCGAGGAGACUCCCAUUUUGCGCGAGUUGUCAAGAGUUCUCGCGCGAGUUGUUGGCGUUCGCGACGGCGGCCGCGCGCGCACGCGUGCGCGGAUCCGUGACGUUCGGAUUCCUCGGCUGCGACGCGCGUUCCAUGGCCCCUUCGCGCGGCGUUACCUCCUCGGCGAUUAUACCCUCGGCGCGCGAACGACAACGACGACGGCGGCGGCGACGCGACGCGACGCGACGCGACGCGACGGUUUCGCGGGAAAACGAGAGCGAACGCGAGCGCACCGCGACAGCGCGACGAGACGAGCGUGACGCGCGCGCGUAUCGGUACUACGCGGACCGUCCGGCCGCCGGGACCGCCGCCGCGGAGGUUUCGCGGCGGCGGCCGGCGUUUGACUUACGACUGUCGCCAUCUCGCGGAAACGCGUCGACCGGCGCGGGCAAUCUUUGAACUGGCAAACUCGGCGACGCAAACUCCGACGGUGAUGGGUUAAAAUAUUUUGAAAAUCAAGUAACGAAGUCAGGCUCGUGUGAGUAGUCGACGAUAGGAAGGUGAAUAACCAAGGCCGUGAAACGAGCGAAUUAAACGUUAGUAACCAUUCUAAGAACUGUUUAGCUACCUGUGUCAAAGCAUGAUACAAACAUGAGAACUUAAAAGAAAGCUACUCCAGCCGAAAGCGUGACAUUGAACGCAUGUUUGACGAAAUAAACAUAUAUCAGCAUAACGUGAGCGAUUGCCCGCUGAUGUAAUUCACAGAAUGCGCUGACACUGAUCGUUACUACACGUUAUGACCUCAAGCAGUCUCAUAAGGUAUGUCAAGAUAGUCACCGCUCGGGUCUGCCGCGCGAAUUAAUUAAGGACUGUAAAUUAUUCGCCGUGGAUCGCCAUGUGCUCGCGAUUGUGCGCGACGCUGCUCUCGAUAUUAAUCUUGCCUGGAACACGCGCGAUUGAGCCAUUCAAUGGAGAUACUUUACCGCCAAACAUCUCGGAAAAGCUCGACGAUUAUUGGCAAAAUUACAAGACGCAGUUUAAUAAGACGUACACAAAAAAUUUGGAAAACGCCAGGCGAGCGGUUUGGGAAGAGAAUCUCGUGGAGAUUUAUAAGCAUAAUUUAUUGGCCGCCGCAGGACAUCACAGUUAUACACUGCGGGAUAAUCAUAUUGCCGAUCUCAACACUCGCCAAUAUAUGCGCGAAAUGGUGAGACUGAUGCCCAGUCGGAGACGCCGACUGCCGACCGAACCGAUAGUAUCGACGGCUCUGAAAGAUUCUCGCAAAAUACCAGCGAGCCUCGAUUGGCGCGAAUGCGGUUUCGUCACUCCGCCGGUGAACCAACAGAACUGCGGGAGUUGUUACGCUUACUCAAUCGCGGAAAGCAUAGAGGGCCAGAUUUUUAAGCAGACUGGCAUGCUGCUAUCCGUGAGCGCACAACAGCUCGUGGAUUGCAGCACGGCGAUCGGGAACCUCGGCUGCACCGGCGGCUCCCUCAGGACCACUCUAAAAUAUUUGGAAAAGUCGAAGGGUCUCAUGGCUACAUCCAUGUAUCCUUACAACGGUGAGCAAGGGGAGUGCAAAUUUCAGAGGGACCAGAGUGUCGUCAAUAUAACUUCAUGGGCAAUUUUGCCGGCGCGAGAUGAGAAAGCUUUAGAAAUAGCAGUGGCGACAAUCGGUCCUAUAGCAGCUUCCAUAAAUGCCGGCCCGAAAACAUUCCAGCUUUAUCACAAAGGCGUCUACGACGAUCAUCAUUGCAGCUCGGACAUGGUGAAUCACGCGAUGCUCGUCGUCGGAUACACGCCGACCGAGUGGAUCCUGAAGAACUGGUGGGGCAGUAAUUGGGGUGAAAACGGCUACAUGCGAUUGGCGAGAAACAAGAAUCGUUGUGGCGUAGCGAACUACGCGGCUUAUGUGAGAGUUUGAGAUUUACCUCCUUCCGAAAUUUGAUCGAAAAACUUGUACUAUCUAGAAAAAUGUGCCCGUUAAUUUUUAUAUCCAAAAACACACGAAGCAAACCGUGCGAUAAAUCGAUAAGUAUUUACGGCGAUUAUCGAUGGCGAAAUAAAUAAAUAUUGUUUUCCCAUAUUUGUUACUUUAUCAGGAUAUUUAUUUUUAUUUUACUGUGUACUUAUAGUGACGAUAAAAAGAAAUGAUAAAAGUUGAUAACUACCGAGUUCAA